AUGGGCGACGCCGCCUUGGCCAACGCCAGUGUGGUCAUCCAAUACCGAGACUCGCUCAGCAAAGCGGUGCUCAAGAAUGUGCUGGUGCUCGCCAUCGGCCUGUCCAUCAACUACAUCAAUGCCAGCCUCAUGUACACCUUCUGCAAGCACCAGAUCUUCUACUCCAAUCCUCGCUACAUCCUCUUCUUCACCCUGGUGGUCAACGACAUGAUCCAGAUGAGCGUGGGUGUCAUCCUAUUUGUGGUCAGCUACACCCUAUACAGGAUCAGCGUCCUAUCGUGCGCCCCCUUCAUCUUGAUGGCCAUCAUCACCACUGAGAACACGCCCCUCAUCCUGGCGUGCAUGGCGGGCGAGUGCUACGUGGCCGUGUGCCUACCGCUUCACCACGCCCGCAUCUGCACGCUCAGAAGGACCCUACUCCUCAUCGCCUUGAUUUUCACCAUCAGCGUCAUCUCCGCCUUACCGGAUCUCUUUGUCACGCUGGCCAGUGAGCCUCUGGAUUUCUUCUCCUCCAGAAUCUUCUGCCUCCGAGAGACGGCCUUCCCCAAUCCGUUGUUGGCUCAGAAGCGGGACAUAACCUACAUUGUCUACCUGGUCCUGGUGUGGUCAGUCAUCUUCUUCACGUACUUCAAGAUCCUCUUCACGGCCCAAACGGCCAGCAAGGACGCCAAGAAGGCUCGGCGGACCAUCGUUCUGCAUGGUGUUCAGGUUCUAUUGUGCAUGACCAUCUACGCCGUGCCCCUGGUCCAGGACGCGCUCCUGCGCGUCUUCCCCAGGAACUAUUCGGACUCGCUGUUCGCUUGCCACGUAGUGGUUCAGAUGUUGCCCCGCUCCAUCAGCCCCAUCAUAUACGGUGUGCGGGACAAGUGCUUCAGGAAGUACCUCAAACACUACCUGGUGUGCAGGACUGCGCCCCACGGUGCCCACUGCACCUGA